UACUCCCGAAACCCAAGAUGGCUUCUCUGGAUGUCUCGGUCCCAUAGCACAUCAAGGAUGCAAGAAGCCCCCGAAAAACAACUUUUCCCCGACGGACACGUCGCCUGGAUUCCAUUUCGCAUGGUGCGGAGGAGGCCUUGACGUCCGUGUAGGCACCGAGCAGCCGUCGGGGCUUCGCGGAUUCUUCGUCGAGCCACAAUUUUGGAUUAGUUUCGAGAAGUAGCUCUUCUCCUCGCAGAGCUGUCUGUCCGGAUCUAGGCUCAGACAGACAGCUCAUCCAAAUGGCCGAACCGAGGAAAGUGCAAUUUGUCACCCUGUCGGCCUUCGCUGCAGGAGCGGCCACGGAGUCUCGGAAGCGCCGGUUGGACGACGAGGCCGACUUCAACUUCGUCCGAGCCGCCGAGGUUGAGGCGGCGACCGGGGCAGGAGCGGCUGCCAGCAACGGUCGCCUCGGCAAGAGCAGCGGGGAGAGGGAGCAGGCUGGAGCCGAGAGGAGGGCGACGGUGCGGCUCAACCUGCUCCUGUCGGAGCCCGACGACCGCUUCUCUGCCGAGUUCAAUUACGGAGAACUCCUCCAAAAUAGCCAGACAAAGACUAAACCCCCGACCCCAACUUCCACCAAUAAUCCACACGAUCCAUUCAAUGACGACGAGAGGGAGCGGCUUCAGGUGGAGGCCCUGGCGAAGAAGUUUGAGAACAAAUAUGGCAACGUGGAAAAGAAGAGAAAGGACCGCAUGCAAGAUCUGAUCGAUAUAGGUUUCGGAUAUGACGAGACUGACCCUUUUAUUGACAACUCUGAAGCUUACGACGAGCUGGUGCCUGCCUCUUUGACCACGAAACUGGGAGGCUUCUACAUCAACACUGGCACGCUGCAGUUCAGAACGGCCUCGGACUCUGAGGGGGAGGAGAAGACGAGUGAUGACGGCGAGCAGCUGAUAAACAGAAGGAAGAAGAAGGAGGCGAGCAGUCCGGAGGAGAAAAAUCAGAAGAACAACAGAGUAUCCAAACAAGGAGUGACGGCUUUUGACAUCCAGAGACCAGAGAAGAAGAAGAGAAAAAAGCUGAUGAAGGACUCGUUGUACUUGGCAGCCAUGCUGCGCCGCUUCACUCAAGAGAAGGAGGAGUUGAGGAAGAUAAACCCCAAAACACCUUCCUCAGGCCUGGCAGGGGGCGCUGCUCCCACACCUACGGACUCCAGAGAGAAGUUGCUCACUUCAAACUCUGCCCACGCACACAGUCACACGGGUGGCGAUCUCUCGCUGGCGGACCUCACCUCGGACCCUUCUGUGAUGUCGCUGCUGGGCUCCGCCAAUGAGAAGGAGCUGCAGGAUCUGCUGGGGGAGUUGGACUUCAACUUGCUGGACGCGGACCACGAGCUGGUGUCUGGGCGGGAGAAUGGAACCCUGGGAUUUGGCGUCCGCGGCGGCGUGCAAGGGCGAGGGUCUUCCAGCGGACUUUAUUCUCCUCCCCCGCUGCCUGGCGGGUUGCCUGCUCCUCUUAUUAAACGCAUCGAGGACCUGCGGGCGGCUUCCAGGCAGUUUGAUCAAGAGGGCAGGAAGAAAUUCUUCACCCUGGACAUGAAUAACAUUCUCCUGGAUAUUGAGCUGCAGGUCCAAGAGCAGCCUCCAGAGGUGCGCUCAGACAUUUACUUGCACAUGGAGGCGUUUGUGCCCUGCAACAAAGAAGCUCUCCUCAAACGGCUGAAAAAGCUCAGCCUCAAUAUUCAGGCUCCGUCCUCACUUCCUCUCACUUCUUCCAAUGUCCCUGUCUCGCAGGACGACCGCCUGCGCACGCCGCUGCUAAAGAUGAAGCUGGCGGUUUGUAGUGUGAUGCCUGAGCAGAUCGCCCGCUAUAACAUGGACUGCAUGGCCAAAGUUGCCAAGCAGCAGUCAGAAGAGGGCGAUAAGAACGGCUCAGAGGAGGACGAUGAGGAGAAACCCGGGAAAAGGGUGGUGGGACCACGGAAGAAGUUCCUCUGGGACGACAAGCUGAGGAGUCUUCUGUGCAGCCUGGUGAGAGUGAAGCUGAGCUGCUACGAGAUGGAGAACAAGUGCGCUCUGUCGGUGGAGGACUACCUCAAGGCCUUUUUAGAGAACGAGGUCAAACUCCUCUGGCCCAAGGGCUGGAUGCAGACAAGGAUUCUCUUCAAGGAGAGUGUCGCUGUCCACGGUCACAUCACUGGAAACCUAGUGAAGAGGAGAACGCUGCCGGCCCAGAAGGCCAGAGCUAAGGAGGCCCUCUGGAUCCACAACCCUCCGCUGGGCGUGACCUCCAAGUCUUCUUCUCAGCCCACCUCCUCGUCCGGGCCCAGCUCGCUGCGCCCGCCACUGGCCUCCUCCUCCUCGGAGCCCAUCUGCCUCUCGGACUCCCUGGAUGAGGACCUGGCGGCCCCCUCUCUGGACUCCAUCUCCCAUGCGCUGGCCCUGCUCAGUAGCGUGUCCAAGGGCAUGGGCCCGUCAGACAGCCCGCUGUCGCCCCCCCCUCUGCAGAUCCCCACCUCCUCCCCUCCCCCUGUCGCCCCUCACUACCCCGCGGCCUCCCACCUGUCCACGCUGGUCACCACGCAGCAACAUUCCCAGUCCAGGGUGACGGCGGCCGGCGCCCCGACCACACAAGCGACCUCUUCUUCUACCUCCUCGUCCUCGUCUCCUGCUGUCUCCAGAACUGUCGACAGUCUGAUGAAGGGCUCCGUGGGCCAGAGUCAGAGACUCGUUGCCAUGGCGACACCCAAUCCCAGGUGCGGCUCCGUGGUGAGCAAGACGCCUCCGUCGCCGUCACCUCCCAAGCCCCGGCCCCCCACCACAGCGUCUCCCCUGCUGUCCGCGCACCAGAAGGCCUUCGGCAUUCCCUCGGGGAUGGUCGGAGGUCUGGUCUCUCCUCCAGGACUCUCCAAGUCCACUUCAAAGUCCAGCAGCAAUGGCAGCCACGUCGCGUCCUCAUCCUCGCCUUCCUCACAACCUCGUGCGCCCACCUCCUCCCUCUCCGGCCUGCAGUCCUUCUGCCCCCCCUCCCCAGUAUCCUCCUCCUCCCCCCACUCUCUCACCCCCCACGUGGCACAGCCCCCCCAAUCCAAGGCCCACUCCCACCACGCUCAUGCCAACUUCAUCACUCCCAUGCAGGCCACACUCACCAAGUCCUCCCUCAGCAGCAACUCCUCCCCCAUCAUCAAACUCACCCCUCGCCCUCCCGCCCCGACGCCUCCCCCUGUGUCCUCACCGUCUCCAUCCUCCUCGCCGUCGCACUCGCUCCCUCACCCACUCAUGGUCAACCAACAGCCUCAGCAUCAGUUCUCCCCCAAAACCUUCCGCGCUCCCUUCAGCAUGGCCGGCGCGGCCAAGCUGCCCCAGAGCAGCGGCGGCGGCUUCAGCGCCACGCCCAAGGCUCAGUCGCCCUCCGGCGCCGGCGUCAUCAACAAAGCAGCCGCGUCGGCAGUCUGCAGCGCCCCCGACAAGGCCACGCUGUCGUCCGCCUCGCCCGCUCAGGUCCCGAGGCCCAGGACGGUGGGCGGAGUCGGGCAGAGCUCCAAAACAGGAAACGGCUGGACGGCGCCCGGAAGUCUGGCCUCAUCCUCCACGACGCCUCACCUGUCGCAGGUGUCUCCGGCCGGGUCCCCCCUCCUCAGCUGUCCCUCCUCGCUCCCACUGGGGUUCGGCAUGUUGGGAGGCCUGGUCCCCGUCUCGCUGCCCUUCCAGUUCCCGCCCUUGCUCAAUUUCAACUCCCCCGCAGGAGCGUCUGGCAUGGGCCCCGCCCCCAACUCAGGAUACCCACUAGCACAGAGCGACCUGAUGGAUCUGUACAAGAGUCUCCAGUCGGGGUCGCAGGCUGCUCUACCUCCUCACCUGCAGCUUGCUUACUCAGACGCCAACCAAAGUCAGAGUGGAGACAUGAAGAGGAAAUCCCACUGACCAAUCACAGCGCAGGAUUUACUGAACCCAGCACAGCGACGUCAUCGACCCCUCCCCCCUCCCCCGACGCACCCCCAGACAGGAAACCCGUGUGCCACCAGCUGAGGAGGCGGUGCUCGGCCGGACCUGGAGAAGAGCUGUGAUGGGUUUGGACCGCUUGUUAGAGGAAGUGAUGUUUGGACGACGACACUGACUUUUAUUAUUAUUAUUCUAUUAAUAUUAAUAUUAUUAUUAUUAUUCUUUGUCAACAUGUUUACAUGAGCGACCAUGAUCACUGUGUGGUGUUGGUACAGAUAUUUAAGAUGAAUGACGGGACUCUUGCAGUAACACAACAUAGAGUUUAUAAUUCUGUCACAGUGCGUGUGUGUGUGCGUGCGUGUGUGCGUGCGCUCAUCUCCUCCCAAUAAUGACUGUUAAGUUGUAGCUUAAGUUAAUAUGAAUAAAUUAUUUGUAAUAUUCACCAUGCGUGAGUGAAAGAGCGUGUGAAUGUGACCGACGUGUGUACAAGGGACAAACACAACUCAUAGUGUUCUUUAAUGAAAUGUCACAUGACCACCGGCCCCCACCCACCCCCCUCCCCCGGGUGUGCUUCGUGCCUGUUUCAUCACUGGAACGUUUGAUUUCUAAGACUUGAAAGCGUCGGAGAGACACGCGGCGAUUGUAGCUACUUGAACUGAUUUACUGUUGUUAAGUUUUAUUUCUGGGUUUAAACUCGACGCCUUAGUUUGUGACGGUGUGACAAAGAUCUAUGCAGGACUGAAUAAUGCAAGUGCAAGUCGCUUGGCUUUUGACUUUCUUCUUUGUCUGUGUGAAUGUCGGUGAAUCCAGUUUCUCCUCCCACCUCCCUCCUCCAGUGCUGGUCUUCUUGGGGCCGGAUCUCUGCUGAGAGUCUGUGGGUCUCUGGGACUCUCAGAGCAAAGUCCCAGUGGUUCUGCUCCCGAAUACCUCCGUUAUCAAAGCUGUUCUUCCUGGGUCCUUUUGUUCUCUCUCUCUCUCUCUCUCUCUCUCUCUGUGUGUGUGUGUGAGUGUGGGCGUGUGAUGUUUAUCACAUGAGAAUGAAGCCAAAGAUUGUGGUGUCGCUCGUCGAUGGCGUGUGCCAGUACGAAAGCCCUGGUUUCAGUGUCAGUGUCCUGACUGUGGGGUCCGUCGAGGUCAUGUGAGCAGAGCUGCAAAAUAGACAAAAAAACACUCUGUUAACGUGUCAUCUAAUCUGGCCUUUUGUAGAUUAUUUUUGUGUGUCAACGAAAUUAAAGGAAACUGUUGGUUUUCAUCGCACGUCUUUGAGAGUGUUCCUUGUGAGUGAAGCUUCGGAUCACCAGGCGGCUGUUCUCACCUCCCAACAUGGAAGAUUUUUAUUUUAUUUUGAAUUUUCAAGGUUUUUUUUUUCUUUUUUCUCAUUAAAAAAAAUUUUUUUUCCAAGAACAACAUACUGUAGUCCAUUGAAAUAAGUACUUACAUCAUAAUGUUUGAGUAAAAUGCUUAUUGAGCAAAAAACACUGGAGCACAAAAAGAUUUCAAAAGAAAAAUUCAUAAUAAAUAUAAAAUUAAACCAGGAACGGAGCGCCACACGCAAAUGAAUUCAAGCCGGACACAGCGCUGCAGCUACCAUGAAUAUGCUUUAUUUUCCUUUUACAAAAAGAACCAACAACCCAAAAUAUUAUCAUCUAGAAAUCCGGGUGUACAAGAAAGAUGUCGGGAGCGGACAAACAGUUGCGUCACUGGACAAUCAUCCGAGGUGAGAUGGAAGAAGUGAACCAGCUGAGAGCCGUAGAGCUUCCAACCAAUGGGAACUGAGCAGACGUCCAGAGGACGUGAGCCGCAACACUGGGUGAGAACAACUCUAUCGUUUUAACUGUCGCGAGUGUGCGAGAGUCAAGCCUGGACAGAGGAACACUGUUGUGAUAUGAAGCAGGAAAAUUGGUUUUGUUUGUCAGAAAACAAGCGCCAGUUAGUGUUCUUCAGUGUCGAAGGCACUUCAGACAGUGUUGAUUUGCCGCAUGAUCGGAAAUAAUCCAAAUUAGUGUGGAGGCGAGGAGUGACGCUCAAUAAUCCCGACACAGAGCCAGUUAUCGCUGGAUUAUUUUUAAGUGCUUCGACAGCAAAAGAGUUGAGAAACUGGUUCAGCAC